AUGCUGUCAGAAUUCGACUUGAUUUUUGCCGUCGCUCUUGUCAUAUCGUGGACAUGUGGGACCGUUCUAAACUCAUCCAUCGUAGCCGUGUAUCUCAGUGACUGGAAGAAGGGAUUGAACCUUGGUGCCUGCGAUCAAAUCAUUCUCACCAUGGGUUGCAACAAUCUACUCCUGCAGUGGUUUUUAACAUUAAACCUGAUCUUCGUGGUUUAUGGAUUAUACAGUCUAUUGGCCAAAGUAUUACUUGUAGCCGUUGUCUCCUUGGUAUUAAACUUUGGAAUUGCUUUCUCGUUUUGGCUCACUGCCUGGCUGAGUAGCUACUACUGUGUGAAACUGGUCAACUUCUCCAACAGAUUCUUUAUACGAUUAAAGAGAGAAGCUUCCGGUGUGGUUACAUACUGCCUACUGGGUACAGCGGUUAUUUUGUUCAGUACUCGCCUGCCCAUUAUUUGGUCAGUGCAAAUAACAACAGACCAAAACCUAACAAGGAUUAGUAAUGUCUUAUAUGAUAAUAUUGUACAUCUUUCAUUUAACACCAUAUUUAUCUACUUUCUUCCUACUAUUAUAACAUCAUUCUGUAUUGGACUCAGCCUGAUGUCCCUUCUGAAACACGUCCGGAAGAUGAAGCAGAAUACUUCUCAGUUCUGGAACCCUCAGCUGAAGAGCCACAUUAAAGCCUGCAGGACAAUGUUCCUCCUUUUGACUGUGAACUUGAUAUUCUUUCUGUCUAUUUCUAUUUUCUCAAUGCUGUUCUCUAAGACUGAAGGUACCGGACAAUAUGUAACCAGGUUUAUUAUGUUGUUAAAUCCUUCAUCUCAAGCCAUAAUUCUUUUGUUUGGAACUUCCAGGUUAGCAACUGCCUGGUCAAAGGUCUUGUUUUCUAAGUAA